UGGCCUCCUCCACUCGCUCCCAAAAUCUUCUAUUUCUCGCCUCUUGUUUUUUGUUUUUCUCUUGUCUACUUCAAAACUCUUGCAGUUUUUCGAGUUGUUGAGAGAGAACUUUUCAAUUCUUCGUUCAACCACUCCCGACGCAAGUGCGUUUGCUUCAUUGCAAAGUGUAUACGAUCCUUGUGUGUUCUACGUCCUCCGCAGUUCAACUCUUUUUGUGAAUUCUGCCUGCAUUUUUCGAUUUCGAAUCGACAAUCCGAGCCAAGUGCCAAAACAAAACUCCCAAACGUUUCGUUGUUUUUGCCGAUGGACAGCGGACUUCACUCACACCAGCGUCCGUCAGUGGACUCAUCCAACUCUCAUUAUUGCAAGGCAGCAGGUUUUGCUGCCGCAUGUGAUGUGGCUACGCCUCUAUUGACUCCACCGCACACGCCCACUUCUUCCGAGUUGAGCAAGCACAGCUUCAACUUUGAACAGCAAACCAGCCCAACCGGCCAUCGUCUAUCGCCUUCCGCCGCAACGAGCAGAGCCAUGGAAGCCGCCGCCAAGUCGUUCCCAUUUUUCCUGCCUUUCGGUAUCCCCGGAUUGGCUAAUAUGCCAUUGCCGGCCGGUAUGUCCCACUUGGCCGUCCAUCAGUACGGCAUGAACAUGCGAGAGCCGUCGGCUUUCCGACCGGUCGCUUGCCCACCUAACCGUUCUUCGGAACAGGCUGCUACUUCAUCGUCUCCGGCCAACAACAUGGCUCCUUCCGUGCCUGCCGGUUCGCCGACGGAAGCUAACAAUUCAGCCCGUUCUCCUUCGGUCGAGUCUGAUUUGGCUCGUGAUUACUCCAUGAAGAAACGACCUGCUCCUUGUGACUCGUUCAGUUCCAAAGACGGACCUGUUGCCCCUCCUCAGCCAGGCCGUCAACAGGCCUUCCUGCCACCUCAUCACAAUCCGCAAGCCAUGCUCGAAGCUGCUGCUAUGCUCCAAGGCCUGCAAUCGCGUAUCGACUUGGCUCAAUUGGCCGCUCACGCAGCCAAGAACGCCAAACAUCAAGAGGGUAACGGCAAUUCGGCACAGGCUCCCAAUUCCAACGGGCAACAGGAUGCCUCGGCUGCACAACAAGCGGCUCUCCGCGGGCUUCAAAACUCUUACGGACUUCAGAAUAUCCCGCUGUUGAUGGGCCCUUGGCUUCGCGCCGGCAAUCUCCCGCCUUUCUAUCCUGGGCAGUACGAUCCGCGUCUCUUCCGCGGACCGGGCCGUGCUUCCCGACCCAAGAAGCAGUUCAUCUGCAAGUUCUGCAACCGCCAGUUCACCAAAUCCUACAAUUUACUCAUUCACGAACGGACUCACACGGAUGAGCGGCCCUACUCUUGCGACAUUUGCGGCAAGGCUUUCCGCCGUCAAGACCAUCUCCGUGACCACCGUUACAUCCACUCGAAAGAGAAGCCAUUCAAAUGCACCGAUUGCGGCAAGGGUUUCUGCCAAUCACGAACGCUGGCCGUCCACCGUAUUCUGCACUUGGAAGAGUCGCCGCACAAGUGCCCGGUUUGUGCUCGCAGCUUCAAUCAGCGCUCCAAUCUCAAGACGCACAUGCUGACGCACACCGACCUCAAGCCUUACGAGUGCACGUCGUGCAAGAAAGUCUUCCGUCGCAAUUGCGAUCUCCGCCGUCACAUAAUGACCCAUUCGGUCGGUAGCGAAGGCAACGUGACGUUGACAUGCGUUCCGGGCGUCGAUGACGACGAUAGCGCCGCUGAUAGCACCGAUGAAAUCGACAUCGAUGUUGAGGAUGACACUGCCUCUUCGCCUGUCACUUCCGAUGCGGAAAGCGGAGUCUGUUCCUCAUCGCUGGACGAAGGGAAACUAUCACCGCACCAUCACCAUUCGAUGGUCGAUAGCAAAUUGCCGAAGAAGAGCGGGGGAUUCUCCAUCGACGACAUCAUGAGACGUUGAGGAAGAGACACAUUUCAAAUUCUAUAACGUACGUUUCCGGACGACCAUACGCAUCAUUCCGCACAUCCUUUUUCCCGUGGACGAUAACGUUUGCCCAGCCUAGCAAAACAGACCUGUCAUUUGUGUUAUAUGAGAAAAACGAUGGAGUUGCCGCCAGUCAAGUAUUUUGAUUGAGCUUCAAUUUCUUUUCUUGAUAUGCGGGUCUCCAGUGAUCUCUGCAUUGAUUAUUCCAGCCUCUUCCACCCCACCCCUAAAUACUCUUUUCAUUUUCUCCAUUUGAAUGAUUCCUUCAGAUCUAAAACACGAUAUCCCAAAAUGAGCAUUCCUUACGUGUGUCUGUGUGUGUGUUCUUUAAACGUUUAAUUUAUCUGUUUCCCAGGCGAAUUCGCCAAGUGCCAUGUUAAGAAAAAAAAGACAAAAAAAAAAGAUUCCUCUUCGUCGAUCCAUGUUUUUUCUCUUGUCCAAUCAUCACCUCCUUUAGAAAUUAUUAUUACAUAAGAGACUACUACUACCACUAUUACUGUACUAUCUUUACAUUUGAAUUUGAGACAUAUACAGCUGUACAUUCCCAUAGCAUACCCACCUUUUCAUUCUCGUAAAGGAGUUGAAAUAAUUGAGAUUGUACAGACUCUUUAUGUGUUACAACCUUUUUCCGAUGUUUUCAAAUUUGCUUUUUAAAAACAAUUUUCGUGUGUCUCUGACGUCCUGCUCUUUCUGAUUUGUGAAAUGCUACGUCUUUCUUCAUGGAGCAAGGAAGAAAAUUGAUAAAUAAAACAAAAAAGAAUUAUUACGAAUUUAAAAAUA